CCAAAGGCUAGAGGUUCGCAAAUCGAGGAUCGGUCCGCGCUAACAUUUCGCUGAGUUUCGCCCGCACAUCGGCAGUUCCGUUACGUGAGUGCAGCGCCGUCGUCUGCGUUGCACGGAGCCAAAGAUACAAAGCCGAAAGAUACAGAUACACGGCAACAACAUUUCUCGACGACCGAACGCCAGCCAUCAAUCGGGCCAUCAAUCAGUCAAUGCCGCUUGUCGCAAAUUGGAGCUGGAGUCGCAGCCGCUCUCCCUUCUCGGAGAAAGCCAAAGUCGCAGUUCCAGUGGCAGUCCCAGUGGCAGUGGCAGUUGCAGUUGCAAAGAGUCGUCGCAGUGCAACCUGAAACCUGGACAGUGGAUCAGAGAAGCGCGAUCCGAAGUUCCCAGCGGAGUUUUUGCGGUGCUGUCUGUCUGCCUUUUGGCUAAGUCAGUCAGUGAGUCAGAGACUCGAACUUGUAGUCAACGCUAUAGUCACGACUCCACCACCACCACCACAACCACAAUCACAACCACAUUUAUAUCCACAUCCACAUCCAUAUCCACGACGUCUUCGCUUUGGCUUCGCUUUUUGCUGCUGUCGCCCGGCAGGUUCACAAAUAAGUGAAAGUGAAUUUGUUUAUUGUGUAUUUUUCUAUUACCAAAGCGAAAGAGACGCAUAACACCAACACCAAGAGGCAGCCAGCAUCCACAUCUAACUUGGCAACUGCAGUUCCAUUUACCAGAUUGCCGCUUCGAUCGAUGAAGAUCGUUGUGGAGAGGCCAGAACCUCAAUUGAAAUCAGCAUGUUGGGCGCCGGCUGCGUACUUCUGCUGGUGCUGAUAUGCCACACGGAAAAUGCUCCCGCCCAGGAAGUGGCAACUAAGACCGCGGCGCCCUCGGCUUCCGAAUUCGCGAAACUAUCGCAGGCGGUCCAGGACUCACUGGUGGAGUUCGAGACGCGUCAGCGGGAGCGAUUGCACCAGGGACACCGAUCCCGCAGGGCGGUGAAGCGGGUCUGCUAUGGGGAACUGGGAUGCUUCGAGGACUCCGGCCCUUUUGCCUACCUGGAGAUGCUGCCCUCGCCCCCGGAGGAGAUCAACACCAAGUUCUACUUCUACUCCACGCGCCAACGCUCCGAUCGUCCGCUCAUGGAGCUCUCCUUUCUGAACAUGACGAACGCUUUUCGCGGGAAAAGGGAGACGGACCUGCCAUUCACCACCAGUUCGCCAGAGAACAGUGGCAGGUCAUCGUCGUCCUCGCCCACCACGAACUCCACCUUCAGCACUGAGCGUCCAGGGGGCGGGCAAAGGAAAUCCUCGCCCUCGAUCGAUGACCUCGAGGGUUUCGACGAGCUGUCCGUGCGGGUUAUCGUCCAUGGUUUUGGAUCGGCCUGCCCGCACGUGUGGAUCUACGAGAUGAAGACAGCUCUCAUGGCGGUGGAGGACUGCAUCGUGAUCUGUGUGGACUGGGAGAACGGAGCCACCUUUCCCAACUACGUGAGAGCGGCGGCCAACACCCGUUUGGUGGGCAAGCAGCUGGCCAUGUUGCUGAGGAACCUGCAGCAGUACAAGGGUCUCGACCUCAUGCGCACCCACGUCAUUGGCUUCUCACUGGGAGCCCAUGUGUCCGGGUUCGCUGGCGCUGAGCUGCCAGGUCUUUCGCGGAUUACUGGCCUGGAUCCGGCGGGUCCGCUCUUCGAGGCCCAGCACCCGAAGGUGCGGCUGGACAGCAGCGAUGCUGAGUUCGUGGACGUGAUCCACUCGAACGGCGAGAACCUGAUCCUGGGGGGUCUGGGCUCCUGGCAGCCCAUGGGCCACGUGGACUACUAUCCGAACGGCGGACGCGUGCAAACGGGCUGCUCGAAUCUUUUCGUCGGCGCUGUCACUGAUUUCAUAUGGUCUGCCCAGGCUGCGGAGGAUGAGGAGGGUCGUUCGCUGUGCAAUCACAGACGGGCCUACAAGUUCUUCAUUGACUCGGUGGCACCACGAUGCUUGUUCCCCGCCUUCCCCUGCGGCAACUACGACGACUUCCUCAAAGGACGGUGCUUCCCGUGCGCCCAGGACGACGAGGACCUGGCUGAAGGCGUUCCCAGGUGCGGCAACAUGGGCUACUACGCCGAUCGAUCGACCGGAAGAGGACAGCUGUACUUGCUCACCCGCGAGGAGGAGCCCUUCUGCGCCCACCAGUUCCAGCUGCAGAUCUUCAACUCCUUCAACGACCUGCCACUGCGCACCAUCGGUCGUCUGGAGGCGAUUCUCGAGGGGGACGGCGGUCUCAACGAGACCUUCGAGAUAUCCGAGAAGGACGAUGCGGAGUUCUUCGCCGGGGACAUCGUGUCGAAGAUCAUCGUGCCGCACCCCGCCCUGGGAUUCCCCACCACGCUGAGCCUGCACUACAAGUCGUACAGCGGGUGGCUAAGCAAGGGGCUGCCCCACUGGGACAUCGACAAGGUGGUGCUCACGGACAGCUUCGGCCGGAGCCACUCCCUCUGUCGUCCCUCCACGAAGCUGAGCAGCGGCAGUCCGGUGCGCCUGCGCCUCCAGGCGGGCAACUGCGAGCUGGACAACCAGGAGGACUACGGAGCAUAUACCACCCAACCCCCGUCCGGCAGUCCCGUUUCCGUUUCCGUUUCCAUUUCCGUUCCCGUUCCCAAUUCGAAUUCCAAUUUGAAUCCCAAUCCCACCCUGAACCCCACCGAGGUGCCCGACUCCAGCGUGCAGGAGUCAUCGGUGGACGGGGUGGAGAGCGCCAAGCAGCGCAAGGACAUCUUCAACCUGGGCACCAGCUUCAAGUUGGCCCGCAACCAGACCUAUCCGCUGGACCAGGGCGACGAGCUGCCCUGGCAGCCGAUCCUGGUGGGCAACUCGCUGGACAACGAGACCGCCGAGGCGGCGGAGUCCAGUCGCAGUCUCUCGGACUCGGUGGCCGGCGAGAUCUUCGAGCCGGUGCUCAAGGAUCGCCGGCUGGCCGUCAACCGGGGAAGGAACCUGCAGGACUACGCCACCACCGACAGUCCGGAGAUCGUGGAGCCGGUCCUCAAGGCCACCACGCCACGUGUCAAGCAGGGCAAGGAUCUUGAUCUCACCGAGGCGGAGGUGGUGGCCGGAUUGGCCUCGUCAACGCUCAGUGGCUCUGGUGCGUCGCGUACUCCGCCCAAGGCGAUGACGCAGGUGGGGACGGGUCGGUCACCGGAUCCGGAUGAGCCGCAGACCGUCCAGCUCUUGCCUUUCCGGCUGGGCGAACUCCUCCAGCGGGCGGAGCGGUACGCCCGCGAGACGCUCCUGCCGCUCAUCUCCGUGCAGGCGCCGCGCUUCUUCGGCUUCAAUGUGACGCCCCACGAUCGCGAUUCGGUGCGACUCGGGGAGUCCCGCAAGCCGCGCUACAUUCCGCGCUACGAGGAGUCCGCCUUCCUCAACACCAGCUCCCCGAGGCGGCGAUCCCAGAAGGCCGCCCGCCGCUCGGCGGUGCAGCAGCGCAAUCUCUUCCGGCUGAUGCGAUCCCGAUCACGCCAGCAGCAGGAGUCGGAUGAGGGGGGGAGGGGGUGGAGGGUGGAGGAGACUGGGGAGCAGCUGGAGCAAAAGAAUGAGGUCAACUACUACACGAAUGUCCUGCAGGCCGAGUCUCGUUCAAUGCGACCCGAGGCACCGGAGUACAGACCCGUGUUCAUCGAUCUGCCCACCUACAGGCCGAAAACCUCCUCUGUUUCCACAUCGGCAUCCGUAGCUGCUUCCGCUUCCGCUUCCGCUUCCGCAUCCACAUCCUCUUCCACUUCCGCUGCGGCUGGUGUUUCCGUUUCCGUUUCGAGGGCCCGGAGACGCGGCAGAUCCCCAAAGCUGAUUCCCUGAUACAACCAGCUGAGCAGGCUGUCCCGCCAUCGGGGAUGAACACUUUGUGAUAUGCACACCAGAUCGUGGCUAUGGCACAGCUCCGCACUCCGGAACCCCAUUCACCGCCCCCUCCAUCAGCGCUACCCCCAUCCUCACACUGUAAAUAUCCGAAUCGAGCGAGCAGAGAUCGACUUUGAAAUGGAAUUUCAAGUCGCGGUCCGUUGCCUAUGAUAAGAUGUCGAAUGUAAGAAUUUAAAUGUGAGAAACUUAGUCGAUAAGAUAAAACCUACAGUCGAAGCUUUCGACUUUAAGAUACCACAACCAGACGUUUGCCUUUUU